UCAAAGCUGACCUUUCCUUUCCUCGGUAAAGUUCGCAUGGUUUUGCGCCUAGCACAUCUAGAACAGGUAGCUGACCGGAUUUCCCUGCGAGGACCCAGAAGCAUGCACUGUCCCAUCCAAAAGGCAGAAGCGGUGGAGGGAGCUCAGUUGAUGCACGUCGUCUGGCAUGACGGUGCAGAGUCUCUCUACCCCGCUGUGUGGCUGAGAGACAACUGCCAGUGUCCCGAUUGCUACCUGGAUUCCGCAAAAGCACGGAAACUUCUCAUCGAAGCUCUUGAUGUGAACAUUAGUAUUAAAGGCUUGACGUUUGACAGAGAAAAGGUUUAUAUCACGUGGCCAAAUGAACAUUACAGUGAAUUUGAAGCUGACUGGCUGAAGAAAAGAUGCUUUUCACAACAGGCCAGAGAAAAACUCCGAAGAGAAUUAUUUUUGCCAGAAUGUCAGUACUGGGGUUCAGAGCUCCGGCUGCCUACACUGGAUUUUGAAGAUGUUUUAAAAGAUGAUGAACAUGCAUACAAGUGGCUCUCCAGCCUCAAGAAAGUAGGCAUAGUACGACUCACAGGAGCAUCUGACAAACGGGGAGAAGUUUUAAAACUUGGGAAAAGGAUUGGUUUCCUUUACCUUACAUUUUAUGGACACACUUGGCAAGUGCAGGACAAAAUUGACGCAAACAAUGUGGCUUACACAACCGGGAAGCUAAGCUUUCACACUGAUUAUCCAGCUCUCCAUCAUCCACCUGGGGUUCAGCUUCUGCACUGCAUAAAACAAACAGUCACUGGGGGUGAUUCAGAAAUUGUGGAUGGGUUUAAUGUAUGCAGAAAACUCAAGGAAAAAAACCCUCGAGCAUUCCAGAUUUUGUCCUCCACUUUUGUGGACUUUACAGACAUUGGAGUGGAUUACUGUGAUUUCUCUGUACAAUCCAAACACAAGAUUAUAGAAUUAGAUGAUAAAGGCCAAGUGAUCCGCAUCAACUUCAAUAAUGCAACCAGAGACACCGUAUUUGAUGUACCCAUUGAAAGAGUUCAGCCUUUUUAUGCUGCUCUGAAGGAGUUUGUUGACCUCAUGAACUGUAAAGAAUCCAAGUUUACUUUCAAGAUGAAUCCAGGUGAUGUGAUUACUUUUGAUAACUGGCGCUUACUUCAUGGCCGGCGUAGCUAUGAAGCAGGAACUGAGAUAUCCCGCCAUCUGGAAGGAGCUUAUGCUGACUGGGAUGUAGUCAUGUCAAGGCUGCGUAUCUUAAGGCAGAGUAUCCAGAACAAAAACUGAAUCUCCGGUCUAUAACUUCAGUAGGAUUCCAAUGAGUAUAUUUUAUAAAAUACGGCAAGGUUGUCUUCACAGACUGUGACCUAUGUUAUUUACAUAUUAAUUUCGUUCAUGAGCAUGCCCUCUUUCUCAGAAAGGUUUUCCUUUCCUCAUAAUCACAUACAAAGCCAACAGUUUAGAUGUUUCUGCAGUGUUCUUUCCUUUCCAAAUAAAGCAUUUCUUCUGCUCUAUUGCAUGUAUGAUCUAAUUUCUUUUGCUUGUCAAUGACAGACUCCAGAAUGCCUACAAAUAGUUUUGUAUCAAAUAAGACAUUUUCAAAUAAAGCUCUUUUUAAAUAAAGCUUGUGUUUUGAAUAAAGCUUGUGUUUCAAAUAAAACUUGUCUUGAAUAGAACAUA